AUGAAUUGUGAUAACCAAUUAUCAUUUACAUCUUCUCUAAAUACAAAGAAAAAUCUCAAAUCAUAUUCUUUAUGUAAAGUUUGUGGCAUUGAUAAUGCACAAUUACAUUAUGGUACAUUAUGUUGUGUUUCAUGUAAAAUGUUCUUUCGACGAAAUGCUCAAAUUAAUCUAAAUGAUAGAAAAUGUAUUUUUCAUGGUAAAUGUGAUAUAACAAUAAAAAGUCGAAAAACAUGUCGAUAUUGUCGUUUAAAAAAAUGUUUUUUAGUUGGAAUGCAAAAAGAAUUAUUACGUGCUUCACAUAAUCGACAAGGUACACGUUGUAAACAAUAUUUAAAUAAUAAAAUAACUUCUUCAGCUAGUUGUAUUUAUCCAAUUGAUUUACUUAAAAAUGAUCGAUCAUUAUUAACAACUGAACAGUGGUCUUAUUUAUCAAAUUUAAUUAAUUUAUUUAAUAUAAAAUUUCCUGUUUCUGAUAUUCAUCAUUUAUUAGAAGAUCAAUCAAAAUAUCCAAUGAAAAUGCGUUUAAAAAUGGCAACAACAAAUAUGUUACUUAUUAUUAGUACAAUGUAUCAAGGUGUUUUACCAUUUAUUAAAAAUUUAUCUCAUUUUCAAACUUUAUCAUUAAAUGAUCAAUCUGCAUUACUUGAAAGAAAUACAAGAAAUAUUGGUGGUUAUAGUGGUAUUGUUAUAAGUCGUGAUGUAGAUAUUCAUUCUAGUCCAAUAUUUAAAACUGGUUUUCCAUUAAUUUAUGGAUCAAAAAUAAUGGAUAAUGCAAUUAAAAUUUAUAAAAAUGCAGAUAAUGAUGGUACAUUAAUUAAAUUAUUAAUGCCUGUUUUAGUAUUUUCAACAGCUUGUGAUAUUAUUGUAAUGGAUGAAAAUAACAAUAAAGUUAAUGUUUCAACAGAUGAAUAUCGUUUACUUUCAAAUGAAAAAAAAAUAUUAGAUAUUCAAAAUUUUUAUACUGAAAUAUUAUUUAAAUAUAUGAUUUAUCGUUAUGGUUAUCAACAAGCAUCAUUAAGAUUUGCUGCACUUAUCAAAACAUCGCUUGAUCAAAGUAUGUGUUCAUUAAAUGGACGAGAAGUUCAAAAACAUAAACAAUUAAUGCAAACAAUAGUGAAAACAACUGAACAGUCAUUAAUAUUACAAGAUGACAAUUAA